CGUCUUAGCCUGGGAAGGGCUCCAGGAUCAUCUCGUCGCCCGAGAAACUAGCCCAGCAAGAAAAGCGUCUCCCACGCACGAAAGCAAGAGCAUGACGGGCCUCCGCCACCAGCUGUCUCCCAGCGAGGCGGUAGCAGGCCGUUUCCCUUCCGCUGGGGUGCCGUCGGCGGUGCCGCUCAGGGGCUAGGCAGCAGAGGCUGGAUCAUGUCUGCCCUUCUUUGUCUGAGGCACCUUUUGGAGGGGGUCUGGCUGCUCAGCCCAUCAUGCCUGGCCUGUUUCUGACCUGGGAUAGAUAGGGCUCCCCUUGAUCUAACGCUGUAACUGCUCCCUGUUGUAUGUCUGUGCACAGCGAGUCUGGGUCCAGCAUUCCCCACUGCUUGCCCAGUGGCGGUAGAUGACAGAGAACUUGCUGUAACCCAAAAUCGGACAGGUGGACUUGCCCCUAGGCCGCCAUGAGUCAAAGCACCAGCUCUCGCCUGGCAGACUCACCUCAGCUCUCCAGGACCAGCCUCCUCAACAUCCUCGGCAGCCCCCAGCCCGAGACGAUGAGCCUGCCGGACUCCAUGCCCCCCACCCCGAAGAGUGGCACGCCCUCGCCGGGGCCGUCCCAGCUCCCCCUGGGAGCCGUGUGUCUGGACGGGGACUGGGAGAGCCGGGAGGAGCUCCGGCUGCGGGAGCUGGAGGAGGCCCGGGCCCGAGCGGCCCAGAUGGAGAAGACCAUGCGCUGGUGGUCGGACUGCACCGCCAACUGGCGGGAGAAGUGGAGCAAGGUCCGGGCGGAGCGCAACAAGGCCCGGGAGGAGGUGCGCCAGCUGCGGCAGAAGCUGGAGACGCUGACCAAGGAGCUGACCAGCCUCAAGCGGGAGCGGCAGGAGGUGCUGAAUGAGAACGAGCAGCUUGGCAAGGAGGUGGCGCGGCUGAAAGGGGAGGGUGAGGAGGAGCAGGAGAAGGAACUGGACAACAGGGUGGCCUCGGAGAAGGAGAUCGAGGGCUCCCAGGAGCAGGAACCCGUGCGGGAUGUGGGCUCGGAUAAGCUGAGUAAAAAUAAGGAGUUUGAGCUGAUGGAAAACAUCCUGAAGAGCAAACAGGAAGGGCCCGAGUGCUGGGACCAGCGGAGCUCAGUCAGCGUCCGGACGUCCUUCACUCGCCCGGAGAGGAACCGGCUGCUCUGGGAGGACAUGAGCGUCCUCGAGGAAGAUGCCACCAAAGUGACGGCGCUGAAGCUGAGGCUGGAUGAGUCCCAGAAGGUGUUGCUCAAGGAGCGGGAGGACAAGCUGUCGCUCAGCAAGAGCAUCGAGAAGCUGGAGGGCGAGCUCAGCCAGUGGAAGAUCAAGUACGAGGAGCUGAACAAAAACAAACAGGAAGUGCUGAAGCAGCUGAACAUCCUCAAGGAGCUCCACCAGGAUGAACUAGGGCGGAUUUCGGAGGACCUGGAGGACGAGCUGGGGGCUCGCUCAAGCAUGGACAAGAAGCUGGCAGAGCUGCGCACGGAGAUGGAGCGGCUGCAAGCGGAGAACGCGGCGGAGUGGGGGAAGCGCGAGCGCCUGGAGACGGAGAAGCUGAACCUGGAGAGGGAGAACAAGAAGCUGCGGGCUCAGAUUGAGGACCUGGAGGAGGUGCUGGCCCGGAAGCGCCGGCAGACGGCCAGCGCGCUGGACACUGACCUCAAAACCAUCCAGGCCGAGCUCUUUGAGAAGAACAAGGAGCUGGCCGACCUGAAGCACAUCCACAGCAAGCUGAAGAAGCAGUACCAGGAGAAGACGGCCGAGCUGGCGCACGCCAACCGCCGGGUGGAGCAGCACGAGGCGGAGGUGAAGAAGCUGCGUCUGCGGGUGGAGGAGCUGAAGAAGGAGUUGGCCCAGGCGGAGGAUGAGAUGCUGCAGGCGGCUCCUUGCUCUGAGCAGAGGGAAACGGAUGGCAGCCCAGAUCACUGGGCUGUCCUACGAGCCAUGUGGGUGGCAGUGCCUGGGGACGAUGGCUACUACACACGGCUGUCGCUAGCUGCUGCCCUCGGCGAAGACAGUUGUGUGUGUUUGCCUUGCAGCUCGAUGAAGCCCAUAACCAGGCACGGAAACUGCAGAGGUCCCUGGAUGAGCAGACGGAACAAAGCGAGAACCUCCAAGUGCAACUGGAGCACCUGCAGUCCAGGCUGCGCAGGCAGCAGAACGCGCCGCUCUUUGGGAAGAUCCGGAGCUCCCGAUUUGGCCCCGACGACCCUGACGAUGGGACCAGUGACCUGGAUGAAGAUGAAGAUCUACAGAUCCAGGUUCCUUAGUGCCCGGUGCGCAGGGCCAGUGAGACCGUGGCUGGAGGAGAGAGAAGGAAGUGGCGGGCUGGACGCUUGGGGAGGAGAAUACCUGCAGGAGCCUGGUCCCUUUCACAGGCCUCACCGUGGGCAGCCAGACAAGCCAAGAGCCAGCAGAGGACGUGUGGGGAUACAGCCUCUGGCCCUGCUGGCCUGUGUCACCGCCAGUCAUGGGGAGGGUCCUGGAGAGAAACCCGUGGCCAAGUGUCCAUCCCAGGGGGCAGGAUCGGUUCUACCCCAGUGGGUUUCGUAGACACAGGGAGAUAAAGCCUCAAAGAGUGGGUUGAAGAGAAAUCCCCAGGGGGCUGUAACCAGAUGAUAACCAGAGGAGUAGGGAGGAGCCAGGCUGCAGAGCAUGAAUUAGCUGCCCUGGGCAGAGCAAUGGCAUUGGUGCCGCUACUGUAGAAAUGAUGCCAGCAGCUGAGGUGUUGUGGAGGCCACUACAGUGACUGAGUCUGUGCACUGGAUGGUACACGGUGCAGUCUCUACCCCCUCGCCAUCCCUGCCCUGAAUGCCCUCUGCAAUUCCAGCCUCCUGCCAGUCCCUCCCUCCCUAGCUCUUUCCUGGCACAUGGCUUUCACCUGACAGGUCCCAUCUCUGACGCCACCCGCCCCCGCCUCGGUUCUAGCCUAGUCUGGGAACCGUUUGCAUCUCAGCAUCACACGCGAAUGAACUGAGCCUCGAAACCAAUGACCUCCCUUUUACUGAUGGGGAAACUGAGGCACCGAGCAGCGCAGUGACUUGCCCAGGAUCAUGGACCUCCAAGGCCUGCACCUCGGGCACUAGGCCCUGCCUCCUCCCCAUGUGCCCUGUCCACCAGCAGCCGCUCUCCCUCACUCCCGUUUGAACACAUGCACCUCACAGCGUGAGUGGACAUUGCAACAAUACACCGGAGGGCGUCCAAGGCAGAAAGCAGGCAGAGCUAACCUGGAUGAGCCCGGCCCCUGGAGCACUGACAGCAGGAGCCAAGUACACCGGAGCAAACCCUUCUAUUUUAUAUACGGAUUUUAUAUCUAUGUAUGUAUUUGUAUAUGUUUUAUAUUAUAAAUAUAGAGCUUUGGG